AUGGCAAUGGGCUAUAUCUUUGUAUCACUUGCCAUCAUCUGUGACGACUACUUUGUGUCGGCAUUGGAGAAAAUUUCACACCAAUUAGGACUGCCAUCUAACGUCACUGGAGCCACGUUCAUGGCUGCAGGUUCAUCCGCACCUGAGCUGUUUGUGUCACUAGCGGACAAUGUGUUUCAAAAGCCUGCAGAGAGCUUAGGCGUCGGUACUAUCGUGGGCUCAGGUAUUUUUAACAUUCUCAUUAUCAUCUCACUCUCUGGACUACUGGCGGGCCAAGUGCUCAAGCUUGACUGGCGCCCUUUGCUUCGUGAUUUGAUUUGGUAUACAUGGGCUAUGUCGGUGCUGGUAUUUGCAGUAUGGGACGGCAAUGUUGAUAUAUUCGACUCUGUGAUCAUGGUCUGCUCAUACGCAAGUUACAUUGGAUACAUGGCGAUCAACGAGCGCGUGAUUGAUUCAUGCUGUAAGCGUCCAGAGAUGGAUGAAGAGCAAGGAAAAGAAAGGGAAAAGCUUGCAUUGACGUCGGGCGUGAAAGUGAUUGUGACGAAUGGAGACGUGCAAAAGUCAAUGGACAAGGAGGGACAUUUGGGCAGUCAACAUGAUUUCGUCAAUGAGCAGGACAAAAAUUUGCAGCAAUCUAAGGACGGUAUGUUCGAAGCGCAGGAAGACCUUGUCUCUACGAACCAACCCGUAAACGUGGAAGCGCGAAUUGGUGAGGAGCCACUAGCAAAGUAUUUCGAUCAAGUACUGGUUCCACCAGCAGGUAUUCUGCCGAAACUGUGGUUUGUGUUUACGUGGCCCAUUGUGGCUUUGGCACGCAUAACGAUUCCAGACUGUCGUGACCCCGUGUUUUCUGGACCUUUGGGUUUUUCUGCAACUUUUUUGGCCUCGAUCGUAUGGAUUGGUGUGCUUUCACAUUACACGGUUAUCUUUGGAACAAUGUUUGGAUGUGCUGCUGGUAUCCCUCCUGCGCUCAUGGGUCUAACGAUCAUAGCUGUAGGGACAUCCAUUCCAGAUGCAUUGAGCUCUAUCCUCGUGGCUCGUAGUGGACACGGUGACAUGGCCGUGUCCAAUGCAUUUGGAAGCAACGUGUUUGACAUUUUAUUUGGACUCGGUCUUCCCUUUCUAUUGUCAAACCUCGUCUACAAUGAGUCCGUGAUUGUGUCUGGAGACGACGUGGACCUUGCACUCGGUAUUCUCUUUGCUGUACUGCUUUUCGUCGUACUGGUGCUGGUUUUAUCUCACUGGAGGCUUUAUCCACUUGCAUGCGUCUUUCUAUUGAUACUAUAUGCGAUAUACAUUACUUUCUCAUAUUUGCAUGGGUUGGAGACAUGA